UCCAAGGGGUCCUCUAAGGUGUUGACGUUCCAGGCGCCAGCUGUCAAUGGAUGCUAACAGGAGUGCUAUCUUUGCUAGCACUUUAUUUUGAUAUUUUAAAUGAUUCUUAGCAUGCAGCAGGCUUAGUUGUAGUUAUCAACAGCACUCGAUAUCAACUCAUCUGAUUCCACCGAGGCAUACAAUUUGUUUUCCUCAAUUCUAAUGUAUUUUUGUGGAGCUCUGCUUACAAAUGAAGUAGCUGUAGCCGGCUAGCUUGUUGUUAGCUGCGGACAAAUCUGGUGCAGACAGGCUUCUCGCUGCAGACACAGCUUCUCUUGUUUGGAAGGCAUUGUUCAAAGUUGGAUCAUGCAGCUUCGUUACGGAGCUGAUAGUGUACUGCGUUUAUUUAAAGCUUAUAAUUAUGCUUUUGUAGCAUUAUGAAUACAAAUAAGUGACGUUGGAUCAAUUGCAUAUAGUUUUAAAAGUCAUCCAAAUCUAUUUAUCGUAAAUGACCUUAUCUGUGGUAUUCUAAAAAGUAAAUACUGGUAAUAUUUACCAGUUACUGAGUGUAAUAACUGUGUUACUUAACAAAGAGGUGAACGUGUAUCUGUAUCCGUGAACAUGGAUAAGAAAUCAUUUGAUAUCGUCCUGGAUGAGAUAAGAAAAUGUGUCCUGACCGACCAGCGGGUCAGAGCCAUUGAGCAGGUGCAUGGAUAUUUCUCCAGUGAGCAGGUGAUGGAGAUACUAAAGUACUUCUCAUGGGCUGAGCCUCAGAUCAAAGCAGUGAAAGCUCUGCAGCAUAAAAUGGUCGCAAUCCCUACAACCAAAGUUGCAAAUAUCCUGAGCUGCUUCACCUUCUCCAAGGACAGACUGAUUGUGUUGGAACUAAUAGCUUUGAACAUCUCAGAUGCUCAAAAUUACCGUCCUGUGGAGGAUCUGUUUCGUAUUCACUUGUCUGAGAAGAAACGGGCUCGCAGGAUACUGGAGCAAGUGUGUAAGGUUGGCUGCAAGGCUCCUGUAGCCAUGAUCUCAUCCUGUGGUAUGAUACCAGGAAAUCCAUACCCAAAAGGUAGACCCAGCCUGGUCAGUGGCACAUUCCCUGGAAUCCCUCCUGUGAAGAAAGAAGAGAAGAAAGAUGACAACUCUAACAGUAUGGAGGGGAAAGGAAUCGCUUCCCGGAUUAUUGGACCAUUCAAACCAUUUCCUUCAAGCUACAACCCCCAUCGGCCUGUGCCUUACCCUAUACCACCGUGUCGACCUCAUGCCACCAUCGCACCAAGUGCGUACAACAACGCAGGCCUUGUUUCUAUGGGAGGGGUUAUAACAGCCAACGUGGCUCCUCCCCCCUACAGCUCCACCCACAAAGUAGCAGGUUACGCCAAACCCGGCAAUCCAAUGAUCACCACACCAGGAGUCAAAAGCGGCCCCCUCCUCAUUCCUCCACAUGGAUCCACACCUUCUACACCUGCCCCACCCCAGGCCUCUCCUGCUCAGCUGACUCCCACCACCCCCAUCACUCCAGUUUUCCCUGGCAUGGUGCCCUCCCACAACCCGAAUGCCCACUCUCCCUCCCCUGCUCCGUCUCCAUCUGUGAUCAAAGCAGGACCUCAGACACCUGGUGGUCACGCUCCACCCACACCCUCAUCCGUCAUCAAAACCCACACCCCUUCAGGUACCCCUUGUGGAACCCCUGUCCCUGGCAGCGGAGGUUUCACUUCAUCUCCCUUCCAUGGUGUUUCCAGACCGACCACCCCUGCUUCCAACCGCGGCGGCCAAGACCCCCUAUCUCAAACGAACUCCAUGGGUCAACAGAGGAUUUUUUCUCAGUCCAUAGACCACCAGUCAGGAUCCACACACCCUGGCUUACACCCACAAACAGGUAAUCCAUCUGGCUCAGUGAUCCGAAGCUAUACCCCCUCUGGACCUCUCACUCCUGGAUCAUCCAACCCAAGCUGUUCCACUCCAGGUCCCAGUCCCAAACCCUCCCCAGCUCAUUCUGCACAAGUUCAAGCUGCCAUGGCUGCAGCCGUGGGUAGACACAGUGGGGGCAGUAACAGUGGCAGUAACAGCCCCGUGCCCUCUGCUUUCAAGGGUGCCUCUCGCUCUGGAACACCAUCUCUUAGCUCUCUGGUGGUCCCAGGUUCUGCGCAGGCUGCCUUGGCACGUUCCUUUGGUUUGUCACACCCCUCAGGUUCUCCUCAAGUCUCACUCCCUAAUCAUGUCACAAUCCCGGGCCUUCAGGGGUUGUCCUCCAGCCCAGCACCCUCACAUUACCCUGGCCUCUCCCCCUUUUCAUCCCUUACCUCGGGUCUCCCACCUUCCACCAUGUCUGUGUCUAUGCCUGCAAUGCCCACCAGCAGCAUUUCUAAUCAUCCGCCCGCCUCCAUUUACCCAGGCCUGGCUCCCAACGCGGCCCCUAGUGCAGCCUCCCAUUUCGGUCUAGGUCUCAACUCAUCCCCCUCGAUAUUCCCAGGCCUCCCGCCUGGCGCGAACCCCGCUGCCUUCCCAGGGUUGGGGGUUCCAGGUGGACACGGUGCUGGGAGCCCAGUGUUGUCUUCAUUCAUGGGGCUGCCCGGGGCCACUCCGUCUUCAGUAGCAACGGUGGCGCCCCUGCAGGCUGCGGCCGCCGCUGCAGCUGCUGCAGCCGGAGUUCCGUCUUCAUCGCCAGUUCUGCCAGGAUUCGCUUCGGCUUUCAGCUCCAACUUCCAGCCUGGGUUGAGCAGUGGACUCCAGCCUCCAGGAAGCAGCGGGUUCCCCGGCUUGCUAUCCUUCCCAGGAGUACCAGGCUUCUCUCCCUCUGCCUCGAAUGCUGCACUCCACAACCAGGCCAUGCAGUCUGCCCUGCUGCAGGCUCAUCCCUCAUCUGCUCUGGAGAGUUUCCCCCCUCAGCCCAACACUUUCCCCAACUACCCUCCAGGACCAGGAAACCCCUUUCCCCUGCAGCCAGGCCUGCACCCCCAGCUGGGCUGGCAGUAACACACACAGGGCUUUUUGAAACACUGAGAACACACAUGUACCGCCUGAUCAAUUUACUACUGUGAAGAACACUAUCAUGAAUAGGGGAAAUGGAGCUUAUCUUUUCUUAUUCAUAGUGAACAGUUGUAAAUAUGAGUUGUUACAGUUGUUAGGUUUUACAAGUAGACUGUGAAUGGUUUAAUGUUAGCUGGACUUGGCCAUUUUUAAUCAAGUAAUGAACUUUCAUUAGUGAAUCAUGAAUGAUAGAAGAAAUGAAAAUCAUGUACCGACUGGAGGGUAGUCCCAUGUUGUAUUUCAUCCCCAGUCUCAGUGGAGAGGACGGUCUUAUGAUGCUACCAGAUCAUCCUGGAUUGAAUAUUACAUUAUGAAAUGAAGUUUUUAGACCACUCCAGGUAUGUUAAAGUUAUGAUAUUUUGAAAUGUCGCCCCAUGAAUUUUCCAAUUUGUGCUUGGUGAGUUAUACACAAAAACUUGUGUAUGUCAUUUGUGUUAUUUCCCUUGAACACACACACACACACACACACACACACACACACACACACACACACACACACACACACACGGCUGACAGCAGUUUACAUUUUAUUUUGAAAGUUCUGACAGACCUCGCCUUGCGUUAAGUACUGUUACUCAGUAUUCGGUCCGUGUACUGUUUGAAGAACAACUUGAAGAAUAUGUUGAUUGAGAUUAUGUUGACUUCAGAUUUCAAACAUCAGCUGGCAAUACUUUGUAACACUUUUAUUUGAUUUAAUGUACACCUGUGUACACUCAGACAGUUACUUUGCUGUUUUAGAGUAAUGUGUUUUUUUUGUUACAUUAUUUGUUUUUGUCUUUUUUGCCCUUUUUUUGUAUUUGCACCUGUUCUGUUGUUCAGUCAGUAAACUGCUGGUUGCUGUA